UGACCAAUUCCCCAUGCUUAUUCCCCACUCCCUCCCCUCCUGUAAAAUAAAGAGUAAAGACUAAUAAUUUCCCCACUCUGCCUCGACUGACCCAAGCUGAGAAGAAAAACGCCAAUCUCCGGGGGACGGCAAAAACCAAAUACCCGAUUCCUUCUCCCCCACCGGCUCAGACCGCUCAGUCAGUCAGUCUCCUCCGUCCCCACCGGCCACGUUCUCCUCCCUCAUCCGGGUUUUCACUCUACUCAAACAUAUAAAACCCAUUUCCCUCCUUUUCAUUCCCAAAUACACUGACAAAUCCACAACCACCUCAACCACCCGACCCUAAAACUCACCCACCGAAAUAUUCCUCCCCCCUACUCCAUCCAUAUUCCCCACAUGCCCCCAUUCCUUCCUCCCCCACCAUCUGCUGCUGCCUUCACUCCAGCAUUCUGAAACUUUGAAAACAACCCAGGAUUUUGUUUUGUGUUUGUGUGUGUGUGUGUGUGUGUUUUGGUUUCUGAUCUUUCCGGCGAGACUGGAGAAUUAAGCUAUGGGGUCGUUAUCUAGGCAGUCUUCCAUGUCGUCGGACUUGAAAACCCGGGUGAUCACUUGCCUGAACAAGCUCUCCGACCGGGAUACGCUUGCAUUGGCUACUAACGAGCUCGAAUUCAUUGCCAGAACUCUUGACAACGACGAUUUCGCCCCUUUCUUGAACUGCCUCUCCACCACCGAUUCUUCCGAGAAAUCCCCCGUCCGGCGCCAAUGCGUCCGGAUGCUCGGCGUUCUCUCCGCCUCCCACGGCGAUGCCCUGUCUCCCCAUCUCUCCAAGAUGCUUUCCUCUGUCCUCCGCCGCAUUCGUGACCCUGACUCCUCUGUUCGCUCCGCCUGCGUCGACGCCGUCUCCUGUAUCGCUUCCCAUGUUACCAGACCGCCGUUCUCUCUGAUUUCCAAGCCUCUGAUUGAAUGUAUUUGUCGCGAGCAGGAUUACAAUGCCCAGAUCGGUGCCUCGCUCUGUUUGGCUGCUGCAAUCGAGGCCUCCCCUGAACCGGAGCCUGCAGAGCUCAAGAAACUCCUGCCCAAACUCCUAAAGCUGGUAAAGAAUGACUCUUUCAAAGCAAAACCCGCUUUGCUGUCACUAAUUGGUAGCAUUGUUAGCGUUGGUGGGGCUUCUAGUAGGAAUGUUUUGAUUAGUUUAGUACCGGCAUUGGUGGAGUUCUUGAGCAAUGACGAUUGGUCAGCGAGGAAAUCCGCCGCUGAUGCAUUAGGGCGGUUGGCGGAAGCAGAGUCCAAUCUUUUAUCGGAAUUCAAGUCAUCCUGUUUAGCUUCCAUAGAAAGCAAACGUUUUGACAAGGUUAAGGUUGUGAGAGAGACCAUGAAUAGGGCGAUGGAAUUGUGGAAAGAUGUUCCGGGAGUUUCAGAUGUGGCAUCCAAUGGUACAGAAUACAAGUCUUCUUUGAAAAAUAAUGGAAGUGAUGACAAUGGCUACAUAACCCCUCAGCAGAAGAAAACAAUUGCCAGAGUCAGGUCACCUGUAUCCAAUAAAUCGUCUAAUAAUGAUAGUAAUCAGAAGAGAAGUCCUCCAAAGAAUAACAUUGGGAAACCGAAAGCCUCGAGAUCCUUUAAGAUGGAUCCCAGAAAGCCUUUGGACUAUAAGGUUGAAAUCAAUGUACCACAGAAUGACUCUUUGAAAUUGGCGAAUGAUGAGCAGAAGAACCAAAAGCUUGAAGCCUCAGAUUCAGAUUCAGCUGAUACUGAAAGCUGCAAGAGUUCAAAGGUUGAAGUAAAGUGCUUCCCUUUUAACAGAAGUUCUGAUGAAAGGGCACAAAAGUUUUCGGGUUCAAGAUUUGGUACCCGCGUGGUACCAUUGCAUGGCAACGGGAAUUAUAGUUCAAAUGCUGUAGAUACAAAUACUGGUAAUGUAGCUGAGAGCCAACAAGAGUUUGAAAGCAUAUCUCUGAUUCAGAAACAGCUUCGUCAGAUCGAAAGUCAACAAUCUAGUUUAAUGGAUCUCCUCCAGAGGUUCAUUGGGCACUCCCAGAAUGGGAUGAGUUCUCUGGAGAGACGCGUAAAUGGUCUGGAAAAGGCUUUGGGUGGAAUGUCGCAUGAUCUAGCGAUAUCAACCGCCAAGAUAUCAAACUCUGAUGCUGCAGGAAACACAUGUUGUAUGCUUCCCGGGGCAGAAUUUUGAGCCCAAAGUUCUGGAGAAAAGCUGAAGGACCAAAUCCCAGUUCCAAGGUUUAUGUUUCCAACAGAUUCCAAUCACUUACGUAUACCACAAAGAAGCAUCAAGUAGGAGUUGUGCCUGAAUUUGACAUGAGUGGAGAUAUGCAGAAGCAGGCUUGGGAUCAUACUCAAAGGCAAGGAUCAGUAAGAUAAAUUCAAUUUAUGCCGAAUCUUCAGAGUUGUAUGGAGAAGCAAAUCUAAGUAGCUGAGAGUUAGCAUUCAUUUCAUCUUGCCCUCAAAUGCAGUUUGCAGCAUUUGAUUCUUCAUCUUUCAUUCUCUAUCUAGUAAAUUAUUAUCAUAUUUAUAGAUAGAAAUCUUCUAUCCCUGGCCAAUCUGCCGCACCAAAAUGUUGAGAUGGGGCCAGUUAUGAAAUUAAAGCCGGUACCACGUUAGCAUCUGAAAGGGUUAGCUUGAAGCUCACAAGCAGAGAUCUUUUGAGUACAGCAUGUUGAGAAAGGAUUCAUCUGGAGGACAAUUAAAGUGGAUUUGGCGGUUUAGGCUGGAAUCACAUUUUCUUUUUCUGCGGCGGGGCUGUUUCCUCGUAAACUUGUAAUGUGUUUUUGUUGAGGGGGGAUUAGAUGUUCCAUAUUUACUUCUCAGUUCCCAACCUAAAACAAAUUGUUCUUCCGAGGAAGAAAACUUGCAGCUGAAAAUUUGUACAGCUCAUUUUCUUGGCAGAAAGUCGUUAUAAUGAUGUUUUGAUCAGCCAUGGUUUGAAACAAUUGAGGCGCACCACCUUGUUUGAUGGGGAAAUUUUGUCACUUAUCAACUGAGGAUGUGAGACAGAUUGAUGAAAUGCAAAUCAGUAGUGAAAUAUACACCAAAAUAAGACAGUAACAGUAACAGAGUUGUCCUUCUCAAACUAGUCGGCCAACCUUGUCCUUCCCAAAUUCUUACAGGUCAAACGAUUUGUGAAUUGCAGAUACA